CGAUUUAACUAAUAGAAAAAGUCGCCUGGUCGAUUGAAAAAGGAAACCCAUUUAGUAGCCACCAGAAAGAUAGGACCUUUACUUCCUUUUUUCGGGUUCCUUAUAUCUGUGAUGAAAACAAAAUCGAUUCUUUUUCUAAAGCGAAUUUGAUAAAUCGAUUAACACAAUGAGUUGAUUAAAAUGUCGAUUCUUUCGUUAAGGUAGGAAAGAUAGGCAACCGGAAACGUUGACAACUCUCGCAACAAUAAAUGCACAUUGUUUGUGUUAUUAAAAUUCUUUGCUGAAAACUAUUUGAAAUAAUACUAUCUUGCUUAAACGGAAGAAGACUUUUGCAACAUAUGAGUAAAGAAAGGUUGAAUGAUAUUGUCUUUGAUUUGUACUUCACUUAAUGUGCUAUUUGAAUUUAGAAGAUUUAUUCCUACCUGGGGAUGAGAUGUAAUAAAACUCUAAUUUUUAAAGUUUAUAAGACUGCGUAUCCAAAAUCCUUAUUAAUGUAAAGUGAAUUGCACUUAUAGUUAUGGAAAAUCUAUAGAAUAUGCUUUAAAAAGCUUAUUUCCAUGCAGGAAUGAUAAAAUAACAUUUUCUUCGUGCUGACAGCAAAUAAAAUUCAAGCUGUGGGUGCCUAAAUGUUAAGAAGAAAAAAAAAUUGUAUUCUGUCCGAUUCAUAUUAUUAAUAAUCUAUUCAUGCAGUGUGUGUUAAAUGCUUCCUGGCAAAAAGAGAUAUUAUUAUUGAAGGCAAUGCCUUUCUGUUUUGGCAAUAACAUUCUUUGUUGUUAACACUGAGAAAAUAUAAAUUAUUUGCAGUUUAUGCAAUUUAAAAUUUGUAAAUAAAAUUAAAUUUUCUUGACCUUCUCAUAUGUAUAUUUAUCUAGAGGAGCAUGCAUUUAUCGUGUAUGAUAAAACAUUGAUACAAAAAUAAAUGAAAUCUAAUUUGAUAAUUUCAUGUCCACAAUAGUAAAGUAGCAAUACUGUUUAUUCAUAUUAAUUUUUGUAAGAAGUUUUUCUAAUAACAUUAAUUUUGCAGUGUGUCUAAGAAUGCAUUGAUUCAGAGUGUAUUAAUUUUAAAAGAAUCUUUUACAUAAAGCGGUUCAUUGUUUCUGCAGUUUUUUGUGUAAAAAAACAUAAAAUGAAAUUAUAUAAUUUAGUUUUGUAUGUAUGGUAAAAUAAAAAUAUUCUUAAAGUAAUGUUUGUAGGAAAAAAAAUUGCAUCUCAAUAUAAUAUAAAUUAACCUUUUCACAGAUCACCUAUUAUUAAAUCAUAUUCUUGUUAUAAAGUAAUCACAUUUCUACAGUAUUUUAUUUUGCUUAUUUAAAAAAAUUUAAUCAAAGUAAGUGAUUUGAUACAUUGUGGUCAUUUUUGUAAUAUGUGCUAUUGAAGGCCUCUUUGUGCUAUUAAAUAAAUUACUUUUGUUGUGAAAAUUAGUUUGAAUUAUUGCCAAUUAUUUUCAAUUAAUUGCUAUUAUUUUUCCAUUAUCUAAAUUAUAGCUAUUUGUAUCAAACAAAAAAGAAAGAAAAAGCAAAAUUUUUAUUUUAAACAGAAAAAUCUAUAUUUUAUCUAAUAUUUGUGUAUCUUCUGUUUGAAUAUCAUUGCAAAUUGGAUUUAUGUCUUCAUUUCUUGCAGCCUAUUUAUAAUUGUUAUUCUGGUGACCUAACUCAACUGAACAAAAUUUAUCUACCCUUGUGAUUCUUGCUAUAGUGACACAUGCAAAAUUGCUUAAAAACAAGAUUUUGCAAAGUAUUCUGAUAGUGUAGUGAUUUAAUUUUUAAAGCUUACAAAGAGAGACCCAUAGUUAAUACAGGUCAUAUAAACAAACAAAAGUCUUAUUUCUUGCAUUUCAGGUAAUUAGAAUUUUUCUUCAAACUAUUCACACUGCUAAGAGUCGUUAUUUGUACAGUUAGAGCAAAUAAAGUUUUUCCCAAAAAAGUAAACAUAUAGGUUUUUUCAUCCUGUAUCAUAACCUUAUUCUUGUAAUAUAUGUAACUAGAUUUUUUUCAAAAAGAAGUAGUCUGACUAAACACUGCAAAAUUCAUACUGGUGAGAAAUCCUAUUCUUGUAGUAUAUGUAAUAGGAGAUUUUCACAAAGAGAUCUUCUGUCUAAAUAAACACAAUCGUGUUCAUAUGGGUGAGAAGCCUUAUUUUUGUAGUAUUUGUAAUAGGAGUUUCUCUUAAAAAAGUAAAAUGACUGAACACAUUUCUGUUCAUACUGGUGAGAGACCUUAUUCUUGUAAUGUAUGCAAUAAGAGUUAUGCACAAAGAGGUCAACUGACUGUACACAGUCGUGUUCAUACUGGUGAGAAGCCUUAUUCUUGUAAUCUAUGUAAUAAGAGUUUUUCUGUUAGAGGUUAUCUAUAUAAGCACAUUCGUGUUCAUACUGGCGAGAAACCUUAUUCUUGUAGUAUAUGUAAUAAGAGAUUUUCAAAUGGAUCUAGUUUGACUCAACAUAGUCGUGUUCAUACUGGUGAAAAACCUUAUUCUUGUAGUAUAUGCAAUAAGAGAUUUUCUAGUAGAUCUUAUUUUAAUGAACAUAGUCGUGUUCAUACUGGUGAAAAACCUUAUUCUUGUGGUAUAUGUAAUAAGAGAUUUUUAAUGAGAAGAAGUUUGACUCUGCAUAGUCAUAUUCAUACUGGUGAAAAACAUUAUUCUUGUAGCGUAUGUAACAAGAGUUUUUCACGAGAAUGUCUACUGACUUUACACAAUCGUGUUCAUACCGGUGAGACACCUUAUUCUUGUAGUGUAUGUAAUAAGAGUUUUACACAAAAAAGUAUACUGACUGAACACAGUCGUGUUCAUACUGGAGAGAAGCCUUAUUCUUGUACUUCUUGUAAUAAGAGUUUCUCACAAAAAAGUACACUGAAUGAACACAUUCGUGUUCAUACUGGCGAGAAACCUUAUCCCUGUAGUAUAUGUAAUAAGAGAUUUUCUCAAAGAGUUAAUCUUUCUAAGCACAGUCUAGUUCAUACUGGUAUGAAACCUUAUUCUUGUAAUGUAUGUAAUAAGAGUUUUGCACAAAGAGGUCAACUUAUUGUACACAGUCGAGUUCAUACUAAUGAGAAACCUUAUUCUUGUAGUAUAUGUAGUAAGAGAUUUUCAAGUAGAGAUUAUGUGACUCAACAUAGUUCUGUUCAUACUGGUGAAAAACCUUAUUCUUGUCGUAUAUGUAAUAAGAGAUUUUCAAUACGAUCUAAUUUGACUGAACAUAGUCGUGUUCAUACUGGUGAAAAACAUUAUUCUUGUAGUAUAUGUAAUAGGAGAUUUUUAAAUGGAUCUAAUUUGACUCAACAUUAUCGUGUUCAUACUGGUGAAAAACCUUAUUCUUGUAGUGUAUGUAAUAAGAGUUUUUCACGAGGAGGUCUACUGACUGAACAUAGCCGUGUUCAUACUGGUGAGAAACCUUAUUCUUGUCAUAUAUGUAAUAAGAGUUUUUCUUAUAAAAGUUGUUUGUCUCAACACAGUCGUGUUCAUACUGGGGAGAAACCUUUUUCUUGUAGUAUAUGUAAUAGUAGUUUCUCACAAAAAAGUACUCUGACUUUACACAAUCGUGUUCAUACUGGUGAGAAGCCUUAUUCUUGUAGUAUAUGUAAUAAGAGUUUUUCACAGAGAAGUAAACUGACUAGACACGGUCAUGUUCAUACUGGAGUAUAGACCUUAUUCUUGUAAUAUAUGUUAUAAGAGUUUUUGACUAAUAGUUAUUCUAAGUAAGCACACUUGUGCUCAUACUGGAGAGAAACCUUUUCUUGCAAAAAGACUUUUUCAAGGGUGGUUUAUCUAACUCAUCACAUUCAUGUAGUACACACUGCUUCAGAAGUAUUUUAUUUCUCUUAGGUCAGGUUCCAUCAAACUUUUCGUAGCUGGUUAAAAACAUCAUUCUUAUAAUAUACAUGUAAGAGAUUUUUUCUUCAUAAAUCUGAUGUUUGUGUUUGCACUGGUUAGAAACUUUUUUGUUGUGCCUUAACGUAAUAAGAGUUUUUGUAGCUUGACUAAAUACAGUGUUGUCCUGCUAGGGACACAGCAUAUCUUUGAAGUAUGUGAUCAAGUAUUUUUUUUUUUUAAAUAAUACUGAUUUAAAUAUUUACACAUGUUUAUACUGGUUGAGUAACCCUAUUCUUUUAGCGUCUGUAAUAAGUGUCUCUCAACAAGAGCUAAUCGUAGUUUUGUAGACCCUGCUAAGAAACCUUAUUUUUGUCGCACUUGUCAGAAGAAUUUUUCUAAUCGCAUUCUGAUUCAUACCGGCACGCUUAAUUUUGCAGCACGAGUAAAAAUAGACUGACUAAAGACAGACCAUUUCUCACUGAGGAUAAACUUUCUUGUUUCCAUUGUAAGUAAAAAGUUUCACAGAAGUGUCAUUAGACUUAACACAAUUUAAUAAAGCUGAAAAGUUUUUUUUUCCUUUUAAAAUAUUAUAAAUUGCAGUUUUCAUUGCAUUUUUCUGUUUUUAUACAUAUGCGAUGUCUGUAAAAUAAGCUCCAGUAUUGAAAAGUUGUGGAUUGAAAUACAUUCUUAUAAACACAUCUUAGUAGAAGUUGUAACCUUGAAUACUGGAUAACAUUACUUUAUUUACCACCAGUUAUGCUUAACCAAAAUAUAAAUUGUUUUUUAUUCUCUCAGCAUUAGAAUCCUGAGUUGUAGGUAAUAUUUUUUUUAAUUAAAAGAAGAAAAAACUUCAAUAGCAACUUUUAAUUAAAAUUACAUGAAACAUCUUUUAUUUAAUGAAUCUUUUUUAGCACAUGCUGUACAAUUACAAAUGUUUUCAUUUCUUUCAGUUACAAAAUAUUUUAUGUUAUAAUCAGAGCGAAGUAAGUUUUCUUAGUUUUGAAGUCAAUUUGGUUUAAUUGCAAGUAUGAAACAUAUAGAUAAAGUAGUAUAAAUUGUUUCGUAAAAUAAUUUUUUUGUAUUUAAAUCUAUACUUUUUUUAAGCUUUCAUCAUUUUAUAAAUCUUAUAUUUAUGUUACCCAUGUAUAAUGUAAUGUAUAUAAUGAUAAUUUUUUAAAUGAUUACUACUUAUUAUAAAUUUUGUUAAUCACAUUUGAAUGUCUUAGAUUGUAUAAUUAACCAAACUUUUGAAAAAUAAUACAAAAGAUCACUCUAAUUAUUAAAAUAUCGAAAUUACUAAACUAUUAUUAAGGUUUUUUUUUUUUUUAAAUUCUAAAAACAAUAUUUUGCUAAUUUAUUAUGUUAAAUAAUGAAAUAUGCAAAUAAUUUUAAUAUGUCAUUAGUACUAACUUUUCAGUUCAUGGAUAUUCAUGAUAUAAUUAUCUCAUUUUGAGAUGUUCAUGUAUGUAUAAGUGUGCAACUAAGAUAUUUAUUUAUAGUCCUUUUCUUAUAAUGGUUCGGUGCAAUUUAAAUGUCUUGUCUAUUGUAUGUUUUUGUAUAUGGUUAAAAAAAAUGCACUUUAUUUAAUAUUAAACUUUGUUUAUAACAUUAUGGUUGAAGAAAUUAAUUUAAAAAAAACUUGCUUAAGCCAUUCUUUAAAAUUUUCUUAUACCUUUGGAAUUUUUUUUAAAAAGCAAAAUAGGAUUGCAUCUAUUAUAAUCAUGUUCAUGUGGAGAGAAUUAUUCUUGUAUUUCAUGAAAAAAUAAAAAUGUUCAGCAUUUUUA